CACAGGUCAUACCCAACAUUCUCGUCGCUCAUUCACCCAAGUGCACUAUGCAAAGGAUAUACUCGACGUGACGUCUGCUUACCGUAGACCUACCCUCGGGUUCCAAGCCAACUUCAACACAGUUGCAGACCGCUUUAACUCCUUCCAAGGCAAUCACUCACCACUAGAAUAGAUACGAAGUAACGAUUAAGAGCGUUAGAGCCAAUCCUAGAGGCAGGCUGGACUACCGCCCUGGGGGUAGAAGGGCAACAGAAGGACCGUUUCUGUGGUUAACACGUUCGCCAACUCCAGCUACCAUGGUUUCCUCACAGAAUUAAAAUGGAGCUCGCAUUAACAGGGAUGCAUCACGGAUUUACUGGUCAGUCUCAGCUCCAGCACAAUUGGCGUUGUGUGCUAUCCUCGCCAUACAAUGCUGCCCUCUCGGGCACGCCUUCAUUAUGAUGGAAUAGCGCCUUUGAGGACGACGACUUUCAGCCUUUUCAAUGGCUUGACAUUCAGUCGCGGAGCCCGAAUGAGGCAGCGUAAGACAUUUUGUGCAGCAACAUUGCUGCACAUUUUUGCAAUUGUUAUCCUAUUGCAAGCGUUCGUACUAAAGGGGGUAGAGAGUGCCAGAAAGGUCUCCCUUGGAACGCUUUCCUUGCGGACAGCGUCCACCCCUUUUGAAGAAGACUACGGGAUUAGGAAUGGCGCCGAAGAAACAUUCUUUGACUUUGAGAAAUUGGAGUUGUACGAGGACCUUCAUCGCCAUGCAGAGCAGGAAGCGGCGUUAGGUCAGGAUCACCUGAGCAGGCGAGCACCCGCAGACCAUGCCGAAAUCGAUGCAUGGCCUCGGCUGGGCCGCCCGCCGGGGUCGCGGACCGCUGCAAAGUCCAUCCAUCCAAUCGGUCCAGACCCCAGACCCAGCCCCAGCCGCUCUUCAGCUGCAUCCUCUAGCGAUACCGGCUUCCCAGCCAAACGGCUGGACAGCGGGCUCGAUAGCAGUCCUAACCGACAGCAUCUUAGCAGCCGCAGUGGCAGCUCGCAGGACGGUGGACCGCAAACGGAGCUGGGGAGCAUGCUGCGCGACUGGGGCAUGGCGACCUCCCUUCCACCCACCCGCGGACGCAGCAGCAGCAGCCUCAGCAGCAGCCCGAGCAGCAGCCCCAGCUCCGAAGAUGUGUUGCUGCUGCCUCGGGUCAGCCGGAGUCGGUUGCUGGGCGCUGCGGCCCCAGCCCAGAACUACUCCUACUGCCUCACCGCCCAGGGCAACGACUGCUACCCCUGCAUGUCCGGCUACAGCGAUGACCCCUGCCUGACGGACGACAGCUACUACCAGGACACCGCCAAGUGCCGCUACCCGUACUACUACUUUGGAACGGUGGCCGAUGCUAGCAUCUGUGGAGAUGCGGUCCGCCCCAGCAACAUCGGGCAGCUGGACCUCUACGCCAAGGUGAACUACGGCGGCUACGCGCUGGACGCACAAGUGGGGGACCUGCUGGUGUUCAUGGAGCUCGACGGCACGCUCACCCUGACGGUGCGCCUGAAGUGCCCCUGGCUGGCGGUGGUGGACACCAGCCGGGCCGGUGCGGCCGUGCUCCUGUCGCUGACCCACCCCAACGGCACCAGCUGGACGGAGCACAUCACGGCAACGCCCUCAGGCUCGCUGUACCUGAGCUGCGCUUCUCUGUCCGUCAAGGCCAAGACGAUUGACCCGAGCAUCUGGGGCGACAACGGCUGCGAUGCUAUCACCUACACCGCGUCCGUCAGCUUCAUGACGGAAACAUACGAGGCCGACCCAGCCGACGGCGCCACCCCCGCCCAGUGCAACAUCAACGACGUCGCCACGCAGGGCACCCUUCUGUCCUUCUCCACCUCCUACACGCCCAUCCCGACUGCCCCAGUCAUGCUGCCUCCGGGGCUGCCGCAGCCGCCCUCGCCUCCCUCCCCGCCGCGCCCCCUCACACCCUACAUGCCCUUCCAACCCGCGCCCCCCAACGCACCUCCCGACCCCCCGCCCAUGUCGCCGGACCCUCCGCUGCCGCCGCCGCGGCCGCCACCCCCGCCACCCUUCCCGCCGCCCCGCCCCAGUCCGCCUUCUCCGCACCCCUCCCCGCCAUCUCCCAGGCCGCCGCCCAGCCCGCCGCCUUCGCCGCCGCCUUCUCCUGUGCCGCCUUCACCGCAUCCUCCUUCACCUCCGCCCAGCCCGCCCUCGCCUUUCCCUCCCUCUCCGCCGCCUUCCCCAACCCCGCCGUCCCCCUCUCCACCCUCCCCGCCUCCAAAGCCACCAAGCCCUCAGCCGCCCUCUCCUCCGCCGUCGCCCAACCCGCCGUCUCCCCCACCUCCCUCGCCGCCUCCAAGCCCUCCCAGCCCACACCCGCCCUCCCCUCCACCCGUACCCAGCCCUCCCUCUCCCCUUCCUCCAUCACCUUACCCCAACCCUCCCCAACCACCCUCUCCCUCACCACCGCCCUCGCCUGCCCCGCCGCUGCCACCUUCACCAUCCCCGCCACCGCCCAGCCCCAGACCUCCCAGUCCAUCGCCCCCCAGCCCCAGCCCUCCAUCUCCGUCGCCUCCCUCACCAAAGCCCCCCUCUCCAUUUCCGCCCUCGCCUCCCUCACCCUUCCCUCCGUCGCCUUCGCCGCCGCCGCCCUCUCCCGGACCACCUCCCUCCCCCGCCCCUCCCUCUCCUCCACCCCCGCUGCCGCCGUCUCCCGACCCUCCCUCGCCAGCACCCCCGCUGCCACCCUCUCCCUUUCCCCCUUCCCCUGCACCGCCCCUGCCGCCUUCACCCCAUCCUCCGUCACCUUCUCCGCCGCCUCCACCUUCUCCCUUCCCCCCUUCACCUCCACCUCCUCCCAGCCCUAGGCCUCCAUCGCCCUCGCCGCCUCCCAGCCCACGCCCUCCCAGCCCGCAACCUCCGAUGAUGCCGCUGCCGCCUUCCCCACUGCCCCCCUCCCCACCGCCGAGUCCACUUCCCCCUCAGCCUCCCUCUCCGCCUCCCUCGCCCAGCCCUCCACCACCCAGCCCCCAACCCCCCUUACCUCCCUCUCCUUUCCCUCCGGGACACCCGCCGUUCCCACCCUCGCCUUCUCCGCCGUCGCCCUCACCACCACCCUCUCCACAUCCCCCCCGACCUCCCUCGCCGCCCUCGCCGCCGCCUGUGCCCGAGCCUCCCGCGCCGCCGUCACCACCACCCUCCCCAGCUCCCCCAUACCCUUCGCCGCCGCCACCGCCGUCGCCGUCCCCUCCCUCUCCCCUCCCGCCCUCACCGCUUCCUCCGUCGCCCAGUCCACCUUCGCCCAGCCCACCAUCUCCCGACCCGCCCUCGCCGUCGCCUCCGCCGCCCCCGUCGCCUUUCCCCUCCCCGCCGUCUCCUGCACCCUCGCCUUUCCCGCCCUCACCCGCGCCCCCUCUACCGCCAUCGCCUUUCCCACCUUCGCCCUUCCCGCCCCUACCGCCAUUUCCUCUUCCACCUUCACCUCUCCCUCCUUCGCCAAGCCCACCUUUGCCCCCGUCGCCACUUCCCCCGCUGCCUCCAUCUCCUUUCCCGCCCUCCCCUCUUCCUCCGUCACCACUGCCGCCUCUGCCGCCAUCCCCGAGCCCUCCCAAGCCUCCUUCUCCUUUCCCGCCUUCGCCAUUCCCUCCGUCACCGUCUCCGCCCCUGCCACCGUCACCCAAGCCCCCGCUGCCUCCUUCCCCCUUCCCGCCCUCACCCAGCCCCCCGCUACCACCCUCUCCUCCCCCGCCCUCACCCAGCCCGCCCCUGCCGCCGUCUCCUCCCCCGCCUUCUCCCAGCCCUCCUCCACCUCCGUCCCCCUUUCCGCCUUCACCCAAGCCGCCCCUGCCGCCAUCUCCCUUCCCGCCGUCGCCGAAGCCUCCUUCCCCACCGCCACCAUCCCCCUCCCCGCCCCUGCCACCAUCCCCGCCGCCCCCCUCACCCAGCCCCCCUCUACCACCAUCUCCAAUGCCACCUUCACCUCGACCUCCGUCCCCACCCCCACCGUCUCCAUCUCCGCCCCUGCCGCCUUCACCGCUACCUCCUUCGCCCCCCUCUCCCAGGCCUCCCCUCCCACCAUCGCCGUUCCCUCCAUCACCCAAACCUCCACUGCCGCCCUCUCCGCUUCCUCCUUCCCCCAAACCUCCUGCACCUCCUUCGCCCGUUCCUCCCUCCCCGCCGUCACCUACACCCUCCCCACCGCCCUCGCCGCCACCCCCACCACCUCCCCCCGACAGCCCUCCGCCACCGCUUCCACCCAGCCCCUCCCCGCCUCCAUCCCCACACCCCUCCCCGCCCUCUCCCAGCCCACCCAGCCCCAAGCCACCGCUACCUCCCCCACCGCGACCCUCCCCUCCCCUCCCGCCAUCUCCACUACCUCCCGUCCCAUCUCCGCCCUCCCCCAGCCCUCCGGUACCCUCCCCGCCGCCCUCGCCUCCCCCACCCAGCCCCCUCCCACCCUCUCCCCCGCCUCCACCGCCACCUCUGCCCCCCAUGCCUCCCAGCCCACCUCCACCGCCCCCUCCACCCUUCCCUCCUCGCCGCCCUCGGGCCCCCUUCCCGCCUCCGAAACCUCCACCGCCGCUAAUCAGGUACCCCUACCCGCCCCUGGCAGCCGGCAAGCCUCCCAGCCCGCCCAGCCCCCCCGCGCACCCGCCCUUCCCGCCACCUCGGAAGCCCUACAUGCCACGCCGACCCUGGCCUCCCCCCAGGCCUCCCCGACCCCCACCCAAGCCACCCCAUGCAGCGGACGCCCCAGCCGACCCACCCCCGCCGCCUCCGCCGCCGCCGCCUCCCCCCAACUUCCCACCCAUCGCACCCCCGCGUCCCCCUCGGCCGCCGCCCUUUCCCCGACCUCCCCCGUCGCCCCCGCCUGUACCUCCAUCACCACCCCCGUUGCCGCCGCCCGCUCCACCGAAACCCGGUUGCCUGCGUGUCACCGCUCGAAACGGCAAGAUGUACAGCGAUUAUGUGCUCACAGACUUUGGUUUUGCAUCCAUUAGCGUCAUGAAUGCCGCGACGCUUCGAGUGGAUAUCACCUUGACCGGCGGUCGCUUCUUCGCGCCUGGGAACAACACCAUCGGCUUUGACAUCAACGAGAACCCCUCAGGCACACCCGCGCCUACAGAUUGCCCUGCCCCCAUCAACCUGGGCUUGUCCGGCGGCAACGGCUUCCGCACCGGCGAGAACUGCACCCGGAACAGCACGACGCUCCUGAUCGGCGUGUCUGAGCUCAUGCCGUGUUUGUUCACGGGUGUAGCGAGCUCGGUGCCGUACAUCCUGUGGCUUGCAGCCGACGUGGCAUCAACAGCCUGCCCGGCCGACAGCUCCAACAUCACAACCGCGUGGGGGGGGACCACCGUGUCCAAGAUCUCUUACGCCGGCUGCGCCUUCUUCCCCUUCACCCUCACCUGCGACAACAACUGCUACGUGCCGCCCUCUCCGAGACCGCCUCCGCCUCCCUCGC